CAAAAGUUUUGUAACACUCAAUGUCUAUCUAAACAUUUCUGUUAAAUUCUGGAUUUAUAAUUUGGCAUACUGGUGUCAAAUCCAUUGACAAUUUUUUCUCAUCGAGUUCCUUACAAUUUUGCACGAAAUUUUAUGAUAAAAAUGCAAGCCGAUUGGAAAGACAUUCGUCGAAGACAGCGUUAUUUUAUCCGAGAAAUUGACCCAUUGAAAGUAAUAGAGGUUAUGCAAGAUGUUUUUACACAAGAAGACUGCGAGAAUGUAAGAACUGCGUGUACGAAUCACGGACCAAUUGUUGCUGUUCGAGACCAUUUGCUUGGGCGAUUGAAAAGACGUGGUCCCAAUUCAUUGCCGAAAUUCGUUUUAGCAUUACGCAAAACCGGACAAGAACACGCUGCUCAACUUAUUGAUCCUAAGUUGAAAGUGAGGGGAGCUCUUUCAAAUUGUGGCAGGGAUGAUAGAGUUCUGGAACCAGGUGUUGCCGCAGACAUCAGAGUAAACAUUCAAUUGGUUGAUUUUGCUGAUGACCAGUUACAGAAAGUAAAAAAAUUGCGUGAAAAAUAUGAAGUCUCUCACAGUGAAGAUACAUUAUCCCUUCGUCAACAUUUUAAUGGUUUUCUUGGUGAAGAUACACGUAACUUUAUUUCACUUGUCAAGACAAAUUGGUCAGAACAAAUGCCAUUAAUUUUAAUUUUUCGUAUUUCGAACCUUGAUGUGGCUUGUGUACUCAUGAAAGAAUAUGAAAAUGGCAACCUCAAGUCAAGCAUUAUUAAAAAGCUUUGCAGCUAUAACUUUGGAGACAUUUGUUUUCAAGAUUUGAACUUUAACCUUGUCAUUGAACCAGAUGAAUCAAAGAAAGUGAUUGAAACACUUGAUAACUUUGGUGAUUCUGUUAAUGUUCUGGUAGUGGGAAUGGAAAAAUUGAGCUUGAAACUACGCGACUACCAGAGUUAUCUCGUGCAACCAGCCUUAGAAGGAAAGAACACCAUAAUUUGUGCACCAACAGGUAGUGGUAAGACAUUUGUUGCCAUGGAAGCGAUUAAACAACACGUGUGCAGCUCCGGGCAUCGGUACGUUGCAUUCAUUGUUACCAACCUAAGCCUCGUUUAUCAACAGGAAUGUAAUUUGGCACAAUAUCUUCCCGAGUCCGUCGGAAUCUCGAGUCUCUGCGGAAGUAAUUCACCCACAUCUUCUCUGCCUCAACUCCUUGAGGAGUAUCAAGUGAUAGUAUUGACUGCGCAGGUCUUGGUUAAUUCCCUGAAGAAAGAUAAAACAGAUGCACCAGGAGAAAAAGAGCUAACAAUUGGGCAGUUUUCUCUUCUUGUUUUUGACGAAUGCCAUCACACGAUCAAGGGUCAUCCUUACAACGAAAUCAUGCGAUUUUAUUUGCGGGAAAAAUUGGAGAGUCCCAAUCCCUGUCUGCCGCAAAUCAUUGGUCUCUCAGCUUCGCCCGGUAUUGGAACCAGUUCGGCAGAGAAGCAUAUUAUGGAGCUCUGUGCGAACUUAGAUGUACAAGAAAUACAGCUCUUCGUGGGAACACAACCUGCUAGUACUUCCAUUACAACAUUUUCCCAGGAACAAGAGAACGCGUUCAGAGCAACUGUCGAUCCUGUCAUGUGUCGAAUAGAAGUCAUGAUUUCUGAGAAAGAUUUUGAAAAAUCUGCCCAUCCUCACGGAAGUCAGCCAUAUGAAAAUUGGGUGGUGGAGAUGUGUAAGAAAGGACUGGGGCGCGAUAUCUUUACGUGUUUUGAGCAUCUAAAAGAAUACAACAAUUCUUUAAUGAUUAAUGAAGAUGUCCGCUCUGAGGAUGCCCUUCGCUAUCUAAAGGAAAAUAUAAACUAUAAGUCAUCGACCGAUAUGGAAGAGAGACUUCGUGUGCUAUUCGACGAUGCUGUUUCGGCUAUCGAAUGCUCCAGCCCAGUGGUGAGUCCAGGUUUGCAAGUGUUGGAGCAACGUCUUGUUGAAAAGUUAUCUGGCGAUGGCAACAAAUCGAAGGGAAUUUUUGUGAAAACACGGCUGAUUGCUUUAGCUCUUCUCAACUGGCUUGAAAGUACUACUUCUUUAAAAGUGUUGGUGAACAAUCCUUCUGUUGUGAUUGGUUGCAGUGGUCAAAGUAAUGGAGUGGGUGGUAUGUCGAAAGCCAAACAAGAUCAGAAGAAAAACUUUCGCAACGGUGACAGCAACGUUAUCAUUGCCACGUCAGUCCUACUUGAAGGUAUAGAUGUCCCCGAUUGUAAUUUCGUCAUCAACUAUGGCAUGCCUGGUAACGAAAUAACGUUUAUGCAAGCUCGUGGCCGCGUAAGGUCACGAGAGACUGGCACGACAGUUGGCAAUACGAGAUUAUCGUACCAAGUGAACAAGCCAAGAGGAAGAAGCGUGAUAUGAAAAGGAAAAAUAAUGAAAGACGCACUUUUAAAAAUUGAGAAUCUAAACAAAAAUGAGUUCGAUGAAUUUGAGAGGCAGUUGCUCAAAAUCCAACACAAAAUACUCGAAGAGUACAAUAAAAUAUCGACUAAGAAUCCUGCCAAAAAUAUCACAGAUGAUGUAAAAUUGCUCUGCAAGAAAUGUGGCGUGUUUGCAUGCAAGGCAAAAGACAUAAAGAAGGUUGACACUUCUCAUAUUGUCCCCCAUUACAAGGAUAAUCUUCCUAACGCUAUCUUUUCAGCUGAUGAGGACGCGAAAAGUACCGGUAGGUGUCCUGGAUUUGAUAUGAUAGGAAGGACAGUCUGCAAGAAGUGUGGCCUUAACUGGGGUAAACGCGCAAGAAACGAACACGGGGAGUUUCCGCUGCUGAAAAUUGAUGGGUUCCUUUUUGAAGGUGGUGACCUAGAUGGAAGACCUUCGUACAAAAAGUGGUCCAAAUUUCCCUAUAAAUUCGACGAAUAUGAUCCUACUGUUGCACCCUAAAACACUGCAUCCUGUUAUCUCUUGGAAUGGAAUUUUCAGUGGGGGGGGGGGGCGGAGGAGGUAUCGUUGUAGCUACUUUUAUUUGAAAUGGAAAAAUAGUAUUAGUGGAAUUGUACAUUAUAAUGAUUUUAUCAAUAAAUAGUAGGUGUCACAGAAAAUCGGCCCCCUGAAAAACUUAUACUUUUAUCUCAAAAUUUGUGAAACUGGGUGAUCUUUAAGUUAUUACAAGUUAUUCCGAUUUUACAAAGUAUAUUAUACCCCAUGCGAUAGAGGAUUUUUAAAAGAUCCAUUACAAAAAAAUAAAAUAAUAUGUUUUUUAUCGAUGACGUUUUGACUUUAGCUUUAGACAUCUUCCGAUACAAUGGAAGCUGUAAAUUUGGUCAAAUGUUUUAAAGCCAGUCGCACAAUAACCAUCGCAUUUUCACGCGUCGAUCAAAGAACAGGUAGUAAGAAAGCUUAUGACUCAGAAAAACAGUCUGCAAACACUAAACACAAAUAAUUGAACGACUCACACAUUUCACAAACACGUUCCGCCAACACAAUCCGCAUUACAAAACACUCAACAAACUCAACAAAAAUCUGUCGGCGUCAUAAAUUGAAUUUUAUGCACAGAAUAGAACUUAUGCCAGUUGACUGUAAUAUCAACUGGAACGAUAACUCUUAUAGUUUUGUCCCAUGAUUGGAUGAAGCCAAAAACAUGCAAGUAAAUUUUGAUCAACUCCCCCCCUGAAAUAAUGCGUGUUUUCUUAGAGACAAACGUUUGUUUUGCCGUAUUGACCGUUGAAAAACGUGAAAAAUUAUUUUUUGUAAUUUUUUGACUAGUUUUGAGCUUGGAAAUUGCAUCUGCACUUCUGAAUUUUUUCUACGGAGAGAUAUUUUCGAGGAGAAACGUAAUCGGCAAGAAUCGAUGGCGAUUUAUCGACUGUUGGGGACUGCCUCAAUUGUUUCGCCCAACAAUUCACAAUUUAUAAAAUUCAACUUUCAAAAUCUCAGAAAACGCAAUUUCCUAUGAAAUUCCAUUCUCCGGGCCAAAUUUCCUGGGGCAUUUUUUUUCGGGGGAGACACAAUUCCUGUGACACCGAUCUUUUUUCUUGGGA